UACACCGGUCACUGGUGUAGUCAUCACUCAUGCCUAGACUGUGAGGAGUGAGAACUGAGAACCUGAUGGUAGAUAGAAGUAUUGAAAGAAACGAAGAAUUACAGAAGAAGAAGAUGACUAUACCAGUACCAGUGGGAGAAGAAGUGGGGCCCAAGCUGGUUCGGUUUCUUUACUUCAUUGGUGCUGGAUUUGUAUGCACUGCAGCUAUUAACAAGUGGAGGGAUUUGGAAAGGAAGGCUAAUAUUCAGAAACAGCAAAAAGAGCUGUUGGAAAAUCCAUCACCAAAUUCACAUGGCGUACAAAAUGCUGUGGAGUAGACUUAGGAAUCAAAUAAUACAUGCUCUUCAAGGUUCUUGAGGGCCCUUUUAUCAUAACAAUUGGAUCUUUGUCAUAUGUAUUGAAUUGGAGAAAUCUAGGUGAUUUUGCUUUAUGAAUUGGAUGAUAAAAUUUUUUGGUGAUCGAGUAUUAUUAGACUAUCCCGUAAUAUAAGGGUGUGAUUCUAUGGGGAUAAUUUGUCGAAUUAUAUUCUUGCAGUAGUCACAGAGGUCAUCACAUAAAUAAUAUGGACACUGAACAUCUUUAGUUUCCU